AUGUUGCUCAGUGCCAUCCUCUCUUCCUCGCUUGCCGUUUCCGCCAUUGCUCUGGACGUGGAUGCUCUGGCUAGGGAUCGCAUAAAUCGACUGCAAAAAGGUUACAAAAUCGACGACAAGAACCCCCCGGCCUCACCAGACGGCAGGACAUUAGACCUCAAUUCUCCUCCCAAAGUCAAUGUCUAUAUUGAACGCUACAUAGAGCAUAGUUACAUCAACACUGGCAACACCAGCGACACGUUCUCCAUCUCUGAGUCAACGGCAACCUUUAGGGAUGUUACAGAUGGCUCGAGCAUUACGGCCCAGACGACAAGAUCCGGUUCUGCAAACUUGGGGCCCUUGUCCUUUUCCAUCUCAAAAAGCACCUCUCGCUCCGACGAAACUUCCAAAGGCGCGGCGUCAUACAAGAUUGCCAUCCAAAAGCGAGAAGAGACCUGUGACGGCUUCCAUGAAUGUCGUUUUGAGUCCUGGACUUAUCAUGUUGAGAUUGUCGGAUAUUGCGAUGGAUCUCCCUGCAAGAUACGCGCCCCGAUUACAAGAGAAGACGGAAACCCAGAUACCAGUAUCAUAUACAUUCCUGAAGAGUUGCCCGAGGCCCAAGCCCUCGGAGCGAACGACCGUCGCGCUGUGAGUUCUAUUCGAGAACGGCUUCAGUCUGAACUGGCACGCAAGUACUGCGUCAACUGGGACAAACCUCCUGAGCGAGAUCAUAUCGAACGCACUAUAGAUGCAUGGAGAAGCGUCACAGAAAGACCGUUGAGGCUUCUGAACAAAUCUCUUGAUGUUACGGUAUCUACUCAAAAGUCUGCCCAAGGCCGUGGGCACUCCUCCAUCGACUCCCGUGACUCCCCUUUGACAACCGACCAAACAGUGUUGACAGUGGGGACCUCUACGGAAGGCUGGACGGUCGGGGCGCAGACGUCUCACUCUUUCGACUUGUCUUACAACCGACCAUCAAACAACCCGCUCCGCGAUGUUGGCGGCAGGGCCGGCGUAGAGAUCUCAAAUUCGAUACAGAAAAGCAAACAAAUUACCGACGGAAAAUGGACGUCAAAGGGCUUUGGGGUGUCCACGACUUGCAAGGCCGGCUAUCACUGCCACUUUGAGGCCUGGGCCUUUGUUAUCCACGUUUCUGGCAUCUGCCGAAAACUCGAUUCAUUUCCCAACGGCAAACCAACUGAUUUCCAGCGCCCCUGUCAGUUGGAUAUUCCGAUUCUCAACGAGGCCGGGGAACCACACACCCGGCUCCUCAGCAUUUCUGAGAAGGUGGACGAUGGCGAGAGCGAAGAGAGCCCCGAGAGCGAGCAGGAGAACCCCCAAGCCGGCAAACCCAGCGACAUGAACAAAGUCCCGAAAGCUCUCGGGAAGGAAGGCGACUACUGCUUGCUCGACACUUACGAAUAUUAUAGGCCAACGGACAAGAUGUAUCUCAACUGGACGACGGACAAUUUCGAGGAGCGGCCCAACGCACCCGAUCCGGAAAAUCUUGAAAAUUGCAAGUACAGGGUGCCUGAAGAACCUCCAGCAACAGGAAAGCAGUGUUAUGACAACGAAAUUCGGGUGGGAACUCCAACUCAAAAUAAUGAGGAAAACGGUACGGAGACAGCUACACCCGACACGAUGCAGGUGCCCAAGCUUGAGGACAUCCAUGGCGACUGGUGCGUCCUCGAUAACAACAAACUUUACGAUCCAGUGGACGACGUGUGGUGGACGCAAGAGGGCGGUCCGGGGGUUAAAAGGCCCGAGGCUUUGAAGCCGUCAGACGAAGACAUUAAAGAGUGCACCGAAAGAAUAAAGGCGGCUAAGAGAAAGACGCGUGCCGAAUAUAAGCGAGUAGUUAGGGAUAAGUGCAUCCUUAACACUGGCGAGGCCUACGACCCAAAAACCAAGAAAUGGUUCGCCGGGCCAUCUGAUGAAGGGGAACUGCGGUCUGACGCAGAGGAGCCGCUUGGCCUUGAAAAGUGUCUCGAGGCGAUCAAGCCCAACGGAGUCGAACCCGAAUCUGGUCCGCAGGCCAAGGGUGGCGACUGCAAGGUGGAAUUCAACGUCCUCGCGACGACCGUGUUCGGCGACACUAUCAAGAUUGUUGGCAGCAACGACGACUUGAAAAAUUGGAAGACGGAGGAAGCUAUAUCAUUGCAUACUGCUCCCGAGGACUACACCCCCGAAAGGCCUCUAUGGAAGGGAUCCGUGUCUCUCAAGCCAAGGGACGAGAUUGAGUACAAGUACAUCAAGGUUAAAGAGGACGGUAGGGUAGAGUGGGAGAAGGAUUCUAACCGAAAGUUCCGGGUCCCAGAUAGCUGUGAAACAGCGCUUGUUCGAGAAGAUAAGUGGCAAUAG